AUGUGUGAAAAAACUUCUUUUGAACUUAUUAAUGAAAGUUUCGUCGAUUGGUUUUGUGCUAAUGGAGGUAUAAUUUCACCAAAAAUUGCAUUCAAAGACUAUUCAAACGAAAAUGCAGGACGUGGAAUGAUGGCAAGUGACGAAGUUCUUUUUGAGAUUCCCCGUUCAAUACUUUUAUCUCCAAAAACUUCUUUACUUAAAAAUGAAGUUUCUACAGAAGAAUAUAAAAAACUUUAUAAAAUUAAUCAUUGGUUCCCACUUAUAUUAUGUAUGAUGUACGAGUCUCAAAAAGAAAAUUCCCUAUGGAAACCUUACUUUGACAUUUUACCAAAACAAUUUGAAACACCAAUGUUUUGGACAGAAGAAGAAUUGACUGAAUUACAGGGAACAGGUGUUAUAGAUAAGAUUGGAAAAGCAGAUUCGGAAAAGGGGUUUUAUGAACAUUUACUCCCAAUAAUUCAAUCAAAACCAAAUGUUUUCAAACCAGAUGUUCACAAUAUAAAUUUGUUUCAUCAAAUUGGAUCACUUAUUAUGUCCAAUGCUUUUAAUGAAGAGAAUGGUAAUGGUGAAGAUAAUAAAAUUAGUAUUGUAAUGAUCCCAAUGGCUGAUAUGCUUAAUCAUAAGACAGGUUAUAAUAAUGCAAGAUUAUAUCAACAUAGAGGUUCAUCAUUACAAAUGAUCGCCAUCAAAAAAAUAAAAAAGGGUGAACAAAUUUUUAAUACUUAUGGAGAUUUAUGUAAUGCAGAUUUAUUGAGAAAGUAUGGAUUUGUUGAUGAUGACAAUAUUCAUAAUAUUGUUGAAAUAAAUGGUCAAUUAGUAAUUGAUAUUUUGUCAAAUGAUGAUGAUAAAAUUAAGGAGAAAAAGAUUGAUUGGUUGCUUAAAGAAGAUAUAUUGGAUGAUGUCUUUAUAUUAGAUAAAAGUGGUGAAAUUCAAUCAGAAUUAAUAAUUGCUGCAAAAAUCCUGACAAUGGAUAAAUCUCAAUUUAUAAUGUUGAAAAAACACAAGAAAUCAUUACCAAACAACCAAAUUACAACUGAUAUACAACAAUCACUAAUCAAAUUAUUACAGAAACAGAUGUCAAUCUAUAAAACAUCUAUUAAAGAGGAUGAAGAAAUUCUUAAUGAAAGAAAAUCAAUUUCACAUAAAUUAGUUUGUGCAAUUGUUGUAAGAUUAGGUGAAAAAAGAAUAUUACAAAAUGCUUUGGAUAAACUUAACAAUUAUAAAGUUGAUCAAAAUUCAACUGUUAGUGGUGAUAUUAAUAGGAACACUAGUAAUAAAAAACGUAAAUUAAAAUAA